CUCAGGGCUCCACCUCGGUUCCUGCGCGGGCUCACACUCCCCCAACUCCCUGUCUUGGGCUACCGGCCCCGAGGAGCCCAACCCCUUGCGGUGGCUCAGGGAAGGAAGGAGCGGCUCCGGCCCUUCUGCCCUGGGGCGCAUUCCAGAGCUGUGUGAUCCGGCGCCUCUCCCUGGAAAUGGACCUGCCACACUAGGAGGCUGCGGAGGAAGUCGGUCGGGGAGCUGGGCCUCACACCUGCCCCGACGCGCCGCCCACGGACCACAGUUGCAGACGCGCUUCCGCGUGGUUCGCCAGCAGGGAGCGGCGACGCCCGGGUCCCCGCCCCUCGCCCCUCGCCCCUCGCCCCGCCCACACCUGGGCGCCGCUGGGGCGGGGAGGGGGCGGACAGGGAUGUUCUUGGGGCUGGCAGCCAUGGAACUGAAGGUGUGGGUGGAUGGCAUCCAGCGAGUGGUCUGUGGGGUCUCAGAGCAGACCACUUGCCAGGAAGUGGUCAUCGCCCUAGCCCAAGCAAUAGGCCAGACAGGCCGCUUUGUGCUUGUGCAGCGGCUUAGGGAGAAGGAACGGCAGCUGCUGCCACAGGAGUGUCCAGUGGGUGCCCAGGCCACCUGUGGACAAUUUGCCAGCGAUGUCCAGUUUGUUCUGAGGAGGACAGGGCCCAGCCUGGCUGGGAGGCCCUCCUCAGACAGCUGUCCACCCCCAGAGCGAUGCCCAGUUCGUGCCAGCCUCCCCCCAAAGCCACGGACAGCACCAGGUCGUGAACCCCGCAAAGCACUAACCUUCAGUCUGGGGUGUCCCAGGCUGGCCCCCAGCCCUUCAUCCCCUGAGCCUGCAGCCCCUGUAGCACCCACACCAGGCUGCUUCACAGACCUUCAGGGCCUGGAGCUCAGGGUGCAGAGGAAUGCUGAGGAGCUGGGCCAUGAGGCCUUCUGGGAGCAGGAGCUACGGAGGGAACAAGCCCGGGAACGAGAGGGGCAGGCUCGCCUGCAGGCGCUGAGUGCAGCCACUGCUGAGCAUGCUGCCCGGCUACAGGCCCUGGAUGCUCAGGCCCGUGCCCUCGAGGUCCAGCUGCGGUUGGCUGCUGAGGCCCCUGGGCCCCCAUUGGCCACAGCAUCUGCAACUGAACGCCUGCGCCAGGACUUGGCCAUUCAGGAACGGCAGAGUGCGGAGGUGCAGGGCAGCCUGGCUUUGGUGAGCCGGGCCCUGGAGGCUGCCGAGCAUGCCCUGCAGGCCCAGGCCCAGGAGCUGGAGGAGCUGAACCGGGAGCUCCGGCAGUGCAACCUGCAGCAGUUCAUCCAGCAGACCGGGGCUGCACUGUCACUACCCCCACAACCAGACAAAACCCCCUCUGGCACACAGGACCUUCUGUGCCCAGCCAGAGAAGAGCCCCUCCAGGGAGCAACCCAGGACCCUGUCCUAGUGCCCAGCCUGAGUCCUGAGGGUAUGUUUGUCCCCCACUCCUGUAGGAUGGGCUUUCCCCUGUCUUAGCUGCCUCAGCCAUUAUCCUUCCCACAGUUGCCCCCAUGAGGCAGAGUUCCUGGAGGUAGCAGCUCCUGUCCCAGAGUGGUGAAUGCUGAGGACAAGCCAGGUCAGCCAGUACAAGCCACCGGACAACAAGAAAGUCUAUCGUCACAGAAGAUUCUUUACUCAUAGAGUGGGAAGCACCAGUGCCCUGGGGUUUCUGCUAUGGGGAUGGGAGUGCUGGGAAGGGGUCACCCUAGUCUUUGCCAAGUGUGCCUGGCCCCAGAGGCCAUUCCUACUUGUUGCAGAUGGUGAUGUGUGGAUAAUGUGUUUAGCUUGUCGAUGUAUGCUGCCAAAGGCUGUGUCCUUCAUGUGUGUGCACUGCCUCUCUGCCCUGACACUUAAACCUUAAUAAACGGUCCAAAGAGGCUUGAUUGUGUCC